AUGCCAUCUGGCAUUGGCGCUGGGGUUCUAGUCAUUCGGCCCAAACAAAUCCCCCGUGAGUUCCAAUGGAUCGAAACUUGCAGGGGCUCGGAGGCCAAACCUGCGUACUGCGGUAUUAGGCUGGUCCAGAACAUCAAAGCUGUCAUUCCACAGACGCCCAAGGUCCUCGUGAACGAAAGUCAGCGUCUCAUUGGCGUGAUAGGCAGCCUGACUGCCUGGGAUGUCUUCUAUAUGUAUUCGUAUCUGGACGCUGUUCUCGAUAUAGGGUCCCCAGAGAUGGCGACAUGGCAAGCCAUAUAA